UUUAAUUUGACUAUUAUUGCUAUUUCACGAUGAAAUUCAUAACAGUUGCUAUGUUUUGCUUUCUUUUUGUAGUCAAUACAGCCAUCCCAUAUAAUAAAACAGAAUCUUGCGAAGAUCCCAAUGCUCACUUUGGUUGUGAAUUUCCGUGUAUACCAACGUGCCACGUUCGUCAAUUCGCAUACUGCGGAACAAAGUGUGUUGAUGGUUGUUAUUGUAACGACAAUUACAUCCUUAGUAGAGAACAAGGAAAAUGUGUUCUUAUAAAAGAUUGCUUCCCUCACUAACAAUUAUAUUUAUAUUAUGUACUGUAAUAUAUAUUAGAAUUUAAAACUUGUAGACGUAUUUUUAAUAAUUCAUAGAAUAAUAA